GCUUAUGCGCAUGCGUUCUAGGACGCUAAGGAGAUUUUCGAUUCGCGCGGAAGUAGUGUGACGAUUGUUUUGGAGAAAAUUGAAGGGAUUCGAGUAUAAAGUGAUAUAAAAUAAUGUCAGGAAAAUCGAAAUCAUUCACCAAAGAAGAAGAACUUCUUCUUCAAGAUUUCUCGCGAAAUGUGUCAACAAAAUCUUCAGCGUUAUUUUACGGCAAUGCUUUUAUCGUUUCGGCUAUUCCCAUCUGGCUUUUUUGGAGAAUUCACUUGAUUGACAUCUACGCUAAUUUAAUUUCCUUCGUUUCAGUAACAUUAGCGAGCACAUAUGCUCUUGCUUUCGCGUAUAAAAAUACAAAAUUCGUGUUAAAGCAUAAGAUUGCAGUAAAAAGGGAAGAUGCAGUGACGAAGGAAAUGAGCAGAAAGUUAUCAGAAGACAAGAAGAUGAGCAAGAAGGAAAAGGAUGAAAGGAUUUUAUGGAAGAAAAAUGAAGUAGCUGAUUAUGAAGCAACAACAUUCUCAAUUUUCUACAAUAAUGCUUUAUUCUUAGCCCUUGUAAUUGUAUCUUCUUUCUACAUUCUGAAGACAUUCACACCAGCUGUAAAUUAUGUAUUUUCCGUCGGUGCAACGAGCGCAUUGUUAGCGCUAUUGUCGACUGGAUCUCAAUAAAAUGUAUGCUAUGUAGAA